UUCCCCCCUCCCUCACUCGGGCGGAACAGCGGAACCGUAAAAAGGCAGCCUCCACAUCUCGCGACACCAACUAAGUCUCGUUGUCGCUGACUGGAGCGGCUGCGCUUUGGGUCUCUGUCGGGGGGUUCUGGAGGCCUCCUAGAUGGUGAUUGACGGGUGCCAUGGCAGCUCACUGGAAAUGGGUACUAGUGACACUGCUUGCUUGUCAAGGACUUCUAAUAGCAAGCACUUAUGAUGAAGAAGAGGAUGUGCCAGAAGAAUGGCUUCUCCUUCAUGUGGUUCAAGGUCAGAUUGGUGCUGGAAAUUAUAGUUAUUUGAGAUUAAACCAUGAAGGAAAGAUAGUGCUUCAGAUUAACAGUUUAAAGGGUGAUGCAGACUUGUACGUAUCUGAUAGGACACUUCAUCCCAGUUUUGAUGAUUAUGAAUUACAGUCUGUAACUUGCGGCCAAGAUGUGGUUCACGUGCCAGAACACUUCCACCGCCCAGUAGGAAUUGGGAUUUAUGGUCAUCCGUCUCAUCUGGAAAGUGAAUUUGUAAUGAAAGUAUAUUACGAUAAGACAGUUGCCCAAUAUCCAUUGGAUGCGGGCUCCUACAAGUCAGAAGACAUGGAGAUAACCAUGAAGCAGCUUCAUGCAACAGAAGAAGAGUCUCAAGAUGAAGAAUCAGUCUUCUGGACUAUACUGAUUACAAUCCUAAAAAUAAUAGCUGAAAUCCUUUUUUGACUAAACUUGUUACAGGAAGUCAGUCUCUGAAAUCAAACAUUUCUCUGUGAGAUUAAUAUUAACACUUUCUAUGUCGAGGAUGGGAAAAUAAAGCCAUAUCUAAUUUUUAUUGUAAAUAUGCUGUGGCAUGCACAGUAUUUGUACAGAUUUCCUGUAACUGAGUAGUAUCAGGUAUGAAUUGCAAUUCACUGUGACUUGGAAUAAAAUUUAUUUUCUGUA